AUUAAUCGAUGGGUGUAAAUUUAAUGAAGUGAAGCAAAAAGAGAAAAUAAAUCAUAUAUAAUCUUAUAUAUGUGUGUGUUAGUUGAAAUUGUGAAUAUUACAGAAGCUAUUGCAUUAUAUUGCGGUACAGUGAAGCGCACCUGUCACUGAAAAUGUCAAUAAUAUAAUUGUUAACAAAUAUUAAAAUAAAUGAUGGAGCUGUUGAAAUGUGAAAAAUAAUAUUUGGGUGCUAAACACAAAUUUAAAUGGAAUCUAUUUAAAGUAAAAAGAAUAAAGUUACCAAAACGACUCAAAAAGCAGUUAAGAUUAGAAGCACUUAAUUGAUUAGUUAAUAUUUCGAAUAAAUAAUACGAAAAGCCAGAAGAGAUUCAUCAAAAAAUAUGACAAUAAAACAUAGAAAAAUGGAAAAAAUACUAUUUUGAAAGAGGUUAGGAAAUGAGGUUAUUCUCAAUUCAUCUAACUAAAGUAGAGUAAAGUAAAGUGAGAUAAGAUAAAAUGUCAUUUAGUAAGCCCGGUAGAAUGCUAAAAAUAUUAAUAAAACAAGAAAUAACAUCAAUCCCUCUUUUCUUAAUCAACUUUCAUUUUCAUAUAGCUCUUAAACUAUAAAGUGAAAACCAACUCAAUCAGUUAAAAAAAAAAUAAAUAAAUAAAAAAAUUAAAAAACUAUAUAAACUAUGUAUGACUUAAGCAAAGCAAAUGCGAAAAGAAGCUUAAGGCAAAGUUAGCUUAGGAAGAAGGCUCAAAAGUGAAUUUGAAUAACAAUGUGUUGUAAGCCAAAUAAAUGGCAACAACAACAAGAGCGGGAUGUAAUUAAAACAAUCGUUUCAAAACAGUUAAGAAAAUAACAAAAGGAGCCAUAAACAAAAAAGUGCAUAGAGGAAAACAAAUUGAAAAGCAAACGGAAACAAAGAGCAAAGCAAAGUGAAGAAAAUGUCUGGCACGCCGUCGAAGGACACAGCGACAAAGACUAAAGAAACGGUUAGCGAGCCACCAAUAGCCACGCCCACGGCCCCAACUACCACAGCAACAACAGCAACAGAAACAACAAAGUCAACAAUAACAACAGCAAAGAAGACUUUAACAUCCAAUGCGGCUUUGUCAUUGUUUGAUCAGCUGAAAAACGGCGUCAAUUUGAACAGUUUGACAGGAACUGCCUCCCCCUCGGCCAGCCCUCCGGCAUUCCCGUUCGCCCCACCCGCCGCUCGAGUGACAAAUAUUGAAUUGAAGCCACCACCGCCCCAGCCGCCAAAGGCGCCCUUCAAUACGCCCACGCGGCUGCUGUUGCUCCCGCCCACAAGCGGCAGCAUUGGCAUUGUGCAGGGCACGAAACGGGGCAGGGAAACAACGAAAGCAACAACUGCAACAAGCAACAAUACAACGAAACCCAAGCAAACAGCAUCGACGGCAUCAGCAGCAGCAGCUAAAUUGGAUAUCAACGCAUUGCGAUCUCAGCUCUAUCAAGGCGCCAGAAAGACUGCAACAACAACAACAACAACAAAUACAACAACUGUCAGAGGAGAGCGUGGAGUGCGAGGGAACGGGCAGAGCAUAAAGAAACGUUGCGUGGAUCGUUACGACUCAUCUGAGUCAUCAGACAGCGGCGUUGCCACCUCCCUCAGCUGCGCCGACUCCAGCACAGGAUCCAGUGAGGAUGCAUCCGAGCCUGGCUCCCCGUACAGUGCGCACUCGCUACUGAGCGACGAGCAGCAGCUACACAAAAUGCCGCCACAAAUACUCAGCGCUGCGCCCAGCAGCAACAGCAGCAGCAACAGCAACUCCAGCAGCAGCCCUGCACCAACUGCCGCUGCAGCAGCAACAAUCACAGCGAAUGCAACCAGAAGCAACAGCAACACUGCCAAAAUCACAACAGCGACAAGUGCGACUCCAACUGCAACUGCAACAGCAAUCACCCAACGCAACGGCAACGGCAACGGCAACACGACGCUGCCCACGCUGCAAUGGCCAUGGAACACGAGCCUCGGCAGCACGUCGACGGCGGUUCCUGCUGCGGCAGCCUCCAAGAAGCGCGCCGCGGUCAGCAGCAACAGCCACAACAGCAGCAGCAACGAGGCCACUGGCUUGAAGAAGUCACGCGUAGAUCCUCAGGGCAACAGCAACAACAGCAGCAGCAACAGCAGCAGCAGCGAGAAAAGACUGAAGGCAGCUGCCUUGGAGGAGUCGCAGACGAAGAUCACGGGCUUCUUCAAGUCACAGAUGAAGGCGACGUCGGGCAAGUUGUCAGCGACGCCCUCGCCGCCCCCAGCAACGGCGGCAACAACAGCAGCUGCUGCCACACCCAACACGCUGACAAUGAGCACGCCAGCAACAACAGCCUCGCUCAACAAAUACUUUAACAUACUCUCCCAGCUGAAUGAGCAGAAGCAGCAGCAGCAGCAGCAACAACAACAGCAGCCACAACAGCAGCCGCAGCAACAGCUGCAGCCCAAGCUAACGACAACAGUUGCUGCUGCUGCGGGCACUGCUGCCGUGUUGCCGGUGCCGGCGCUCAAGAAGAUCGAGCGCAGCAGCAAGCAGCCGGCCAAGAUUGCUCAGGUGGCGCCCAAUCUGCGCAAGACGCCCAGCAGCAACAGCCACGCGCACAGCCACAGCCACGCCCACAACGCACACGCCGGAAAUGCCCACGCGGUCACCGGCAAAUCGCCCGCCAAGAAGCACGUGGCCAUAGCGCCGCGCACGCCGGAGAUGAAGCAGCAGCAACAGUUGCAGUCGCAGACGUCGAAGACAUUGCUCCCAGCAGCAGGAUACCGCGCACCCCACAGCAACAAUAGCAGCAGCAACGGCAGCACCAACAACCCGUCAGCAACAGUUGCUGCCAAGCCCUGCCAGAAGCUGCAACUGGCUGCUGCUGCAGCUGCCACGCCCACUCCUAACCCGACGCUCUACCAGCUGCCGGUGCAGCUGCCGAACCUGGUGCAUCUGCCGCCGCAGCUGGCGGCCGCCGCCAACAUCAUGCAGCUGAACAACGUGGCCAAGGCAGCAGUUGCCGCCGCCGCCAGCAACAAUGCAGCAGCAGCAGCCGCCUCGGCGCAGGCGGCGCAGGCAGCGCAGUAUUUCCUCAACGGGACCGUCUUCAAGCUGCAGCAGGUGACGACGGCGACGACGACGACGGCGACAACGGCGACGGCAGCAGCAGCCAGCGCGAAUCCUUUCGGGCUGAACGAGCUGCAGGAGCUAUUGCUGAAGCAGCAGCAGCAGCAACAGCAACAGUUGCAGCUGCAGCAGGCGGCGGCUGUUAAGGCGGCUGCUGCAGCGGUGGCUGCCACGCCCACAGCUGCCAAUGGGGCAGCCAAUUUGCAGGAGCUGUUCCAGCAGCAGAUUGCAGCAGCAAUCGCCGCACAGCAGCAGCAGCAACAACAACAGCAGCAGCAGCAGCAACACCAUCAACAACAGCAGCAGCAACACUUUCAGCGCCUGGGAGCCGCAGCAGCAGCGCAGCCCGUUUUCAUGGCGACGCCAGCGGGUCUCCUGCUGAAUGCUGCCACGCUGCCUGCAAUGCUGGCCCAGGCUGCAGCCGCAAUUGCAGCCAACAACCAGCAGCAACAACAGCAGCAGCAGAAAGUAGCUGCUGCAGUCGCACUGCAACAACAGCAGCAACAACCGCAGCAACAUCCUCAUCAUGCGCUGCCUGCGCUGCAGCCCAUUCCCGCCCUGAGUUCCAUAUUUGAGCCAGCCAGCGAGCAGCAGCAACAGUUGCAGCUGCAGCAACAGCAGCAGCAGCUGGCCCAGCUGUUGCUCUCUCAUCAGCAGCAACAGCAGCAGCAGCAUCAACAACAGCAGCAGCAGCAACAGCAACAACUAAUCACUGCCACACAGCCGCCUCCAUUGACUGCUGCCAACAGCAGCAGCAGCAGCAAUAGCAGCAGCAACAGCAACAGUAACACUGCCAGCAGCAAUGCCUCGAAUACUGUAAGCAACACUGCCCAGCAACCACAGCAACAGCAACAGCAACAGCAGCAACAACGUGCCAUCAGCAAGGGUCCGCCUCCUUUGGUGACCAUCUCGAACGCCUCCCCCGCCAAGUCGCGCUCCCUGCCCGCGGCCCUGGCGAAACCCUAUCAGAAGCGCGCACAGCAGCAACAGUUGCCGCUACAGCAACAGCAACACCAGCAGCAGCAACAGCUGCCACUUAGCAAAGCCAAGUACACAGCCAUUGCCACGCCCACCACGCCACCGCCCCUAGUGCCAACCAGCGCUGGCGCUGUUGCUGCUGCUGCCGCCAAGGAACUGCAGCAAUUGCGCAAAUGUGCCACGCCCACAACUACGCCCACGCCGCCACUGGUGAGCAUUGCGCCCGCCAAGCUGACGCCGACGCUCAGCAUAGCCAAGCAGCAGCCGCAGCAGCAGCAACAGCAACAGUUGCCGCCAGCAACAGCGACAAUUGCCAAGAUCUCGAGCAGUGCUGAUCUCUUUGAUCUGGUCAAGAACUCCAAUGGCGCCAUUAGCAUUGUGGGCAAGAGUGCCACGCCCACACCUGCCCCCAGCACACUAACGCCGCUGCCCUUCAGUUCGCCCAGCAGCAACAGCAACAACAGCAACUCGCAGCAAUCGGCACGCGCCUCGCCUGCCCUCUCCGCCCACUCGUCGAGCACACUGUCGGCCUUCGGCAAGUCGCUGGUGGCCAUCAAGGCGGAGCCCAUGGAGGAGUCGGCCACGCCCCCGCUGUCGAGCACGCCCAAGCCGCAGAGCUUCGCCGGGCAGCUGCAGCUGGCGAGCGGGCGGCGCGCAGAGCCCUCGAAGCACGAGCUGCUGGCCGCCGAGUGCAACUCGAACUGCAGCAGCAGCUACACCGGCAGCAACUCGGUGAGCAGCGCGGCGGAUCUCUCGCUGGAGGCCUCCACGCCGGCGUCGCUCAGCUCGGCGCCCUCGCCGGCCGCCAGCAACAGCAGCAGCAGCAGCAGCAGCAGCAGCCAGACGCAGCAGAUGUGCUCGCCCGAGGGCAACGCCAGCCAGCAGGACAUGCUGAGCGAGCUGGUCACCUCCUCCUGCAACUCCAGUGGCACGGAGGACUGCUCGCAGGCCGCGACGCCAGCAAUGGCUGCGACAGCAGCAGCUGCAGCAGCAGGAGUCACUGCUGUCAGCAGCAGCAGCAGCAGCAACUACGACGAGGAGGACGACAAGUCGGUGGCCUCCUCGGAGACGGCCACGCACAAGCGGCUCACGCCCGAGUCCGGAAUAGGCGGCAGCCUCAGCAACAGCGAAAGCAGCAACUCCAUUGCGGAUGCAAUCUCUUCAAAGUCCGUCUGUCCGCCGACGUCGGCCAGCAGCAACAGCUGCAACGCCUCCGACAGCAACUCGCUGGCCAGCAAUGCGCCCUCCCCCGCCUCACCCGGCAGCAACAGCAACAGCAACAGCAUCGACGACUGCUCCACGGCCUCGCCCAUGGUGGAUACCACGCUGGCGGAGAGCGCCAGCAAAGUGUUGCCCAAGUGCGCCAUAUCGCCGAUUCUGUCGCAGCCCAAGACGAUCCGCUUUCCGGCCGGCGCAGGAGCAGGCGGCAAGGGGGCGAAGCGGCAUGACGGCGUCUGCUAUUGGGACAAGUGCAACAAGAAGCACGAGAGCAACUCGAAGCUCCUGGACCACAUGCAGACGCAUCAUGUCAACACGCAGACGGGUCCCUUCGCCUGCCUCUGGGUGGGCUGCAAGGUGUACAACAAAGAGUCCUGCUCCCGCCGCUGGCUGGAGCGCCACGUGCUCUCGCACGGCGGCUCAAAGCAAUUCAAGUGCAUCGUCGAGGGCUGCGGCCUGCGCUUUGGCUCACAGCUCGCCCUGCAGAAGCACGUGAACAACCACUUCAACGCCUCGGACAACGCCAAGGAGAGCACCAGCAAGCGCACCUCCGACCCGCCCGUGCCCAAGCAGCUGCGCAAGAACGGCAAGAAGCUGCGAUACCGCCGACAGCCCUUCUCAGCUCGCAUGUUUGACUUCUUCGACACGGGCAUCAUGGAGGGACUGCAGCAUCGCCUGCGUCAGAUCAGCACGCUGACGAAUGGCACCCAGGCCAUCACGUUCCAGGGCCAGUGCCUGAUGAGGCGUCGAAAUCGGCAAGGCUUCAGCGAGUGCUUCGUGCGCUGGUCCCCACGCGAAAUCAUCUCGGAUGAGUGGAUGCCCGAAUGCCCGAACGGAACGCGGCAGCACUCGAAGGUGCUGCAGAUUAAGCACAUGCGUCCGGCGGAGAAGACGCGCAUCGACAGCCUGCUGAGCACCGCCUACAGACUGCGCUACGACGCGCAGCUGUUUGCCGAUGAUUACAGCGUGAGCGAGGUGCGGCAGCAGCAGCAGCAGCAGCAGCGGAUGGAGGAGGAGCAGCAGGAGGAGACAAGCGGCAGCGACUGCGCGGACAGCGAGGAGGACGAUGGAGACGGAGAGGACGGAGAAGAUGACGAGGACGAUGAGGAUGAGGAAGAUGAAGAGGACGACGACGAGGACGACGGUGUCUCGGCCACAAUCAGCUCCAGCAGCGGCACCGUCUCCAGCUACCAGCACGUGCUCAGCAUAGCCAAGCUGCAAUUGCAGCAGCGCAGCAAGCAUCCGCGCAAGCCGCCCAAGGCAGCGCCGAAAAUAGUGCCGACAGAUGCACUGGUGCCCAUCUAGAGAGUAUUCGUUAAGUAAUUAAGCAACGCUCCCCCUCCACGACAACAACAACAACAGCAAAUAUGCCCCCAAAGGACAAACGAGUAAACAGUGACAAGUAGAUUUUAGUUCCAUUCGUAUCUAAGGCCACCCACACA